AUGGCUUACUUUCUGCGCUUAUCGACAUAUCAAAUGCCAUUUAUCUUCUUGCUUCUUUUUCUGUCGCUAACUUUAACGAUCAAUUUCGUAUCAGCAAGCACUGAUGAAAAGCAACUGUAUGCUGACUUAUUAACCAAUUACAAUGUACUAGAACGACCUGUAAGCAAUUCGAGUACUCCAUUAGUUAUCAAAAUGCGACUUUUCCUUCAGCAAAUUAUUGACGUUGACGAAAAAAAUCAG